GAAUAAAGUUGCAAACAGGGAAUCAAUCAAUACAACUUUUUUUUCCUUGAAAAACAAACACAAAAACAGUUUCCUUCCCAGCAAAGAAAGAAAGUGACCACAGCAAAACAUGGGUUGCUUCAGUUCUCGCAGUUCCACAUCCAAAACCUCAUCUCCCAUAGAACCACCACCCUAUCAAAUUCAAAAUCAACAUCAAAAUGCUGCUCAGCAAUACCAAGAACCCCAAAAUCUCCAACAACAAGUCCUCCUGCAAAUCCCAGGAUGUAGAGUUCACCUCAUGGAUGAAGGAGAAAGUAUAGAACUUGCAAACGGUGAGUUCAUCCUUGAGAACAUCUUGGACGAGAAUAUUUCUCUGGCCACCAUAAUCAAAGUUGGUGAUGAACUUCAGUGGCCCCUGACAAAAGAUGAGCCUGUUGUAAAGCUUGAUGCUUUGCACUAUCUCUUCUCUUUGCCCAUGCAUGGUGGUGAUCCUCUGAGCUAUGGUGUCACUUUUCCAGAGCAGUAUGAAAGCAAUUUGGGCUUUCUGGAUUCGUUUUUGAGAGAGCACUCUUGCUUUAGUGGCUUGAGCACAUCCACCAAAACUAACAAAGGUGUUGAUUGGAAGGAGUAUGCUCCAAGAAUGGAUGACUACAAUAAUGUGUUGGCAAAAGCAAUUGCAGGAGGGACUGGCCAGAUUGUCAAGGGGAUCUUCAUGUGUAGCAAUGGUUACACCAAUCAGCUUCAAAAAGGAGGGGAAGUGACAUUGGCUCGUCCUGUUGAGGAGAAAAGUUAUGUCAAGGAACAAGGAAGUAAUAGCAGCAAAAAUUCUGGUGCCAAAAAGAAGAGCGAAAUCAACAAGAGCUUGAAACGUGUGAGAAAGUUGUCAAAGAUGACUUCAAAGCUCAGCAAAUCUAUGCUUGAUGGGGUUGGCAUUGCGACCGGAUCAGUGAUGAGACCUGUGGUUAAAUCCCAGGCAGGGAAGGCAUUCUUUGCCAUGGUUCCAGGACAGGUCCUCUUGGCUUCCCUUGAUGCCGUCAAUAAGAUUUUGGAUGCAGCUGAAGUUGCAGAGAAGCAAGCUCUUUCUGCUACCUCUGGUGCUGCUACUAGAAUGGUCAGCAACAGGUUCGGGGAAAGUGCAGGGGAGGCAACUGAGGAUGUGUUUGCAACAGCAGGGCAUUGUGCAAACACUGCUUGGAACAUCUUCAAAAUAAGAAAGGCCAUCAAUCCAGCAUCAUCUGUCUCUACUGGAGUAUUGAAGAAUGCUGCCAAAAGCAGCAGCAGAAGUUCUUAAAAGCCAAUUUCAGAUUUAUUACUCGUCAUUCACUGGAGGUUGUGGUAAAAAUGUGUAAAAGAAAAUUCCUCUAUAGAUUGUUGGUCCUAAUCUUGAGUCUUCACAACCACUGUGUAGAGGUCAAGAUUCUUCAUGAAUGUAAACUCUAUUGGGGUGUGUGAAUUUCUCAUCAAGUUAAAACUUUCUUCUUCCUUCUUUUUUUCAGUAUAAGCAAUAGUCAAGGGAUUCGAACCGAA